AUCACUAUAUCCAAGCUCGUCACUUUGCUCAAGAAGAGCAAGAACCCAUCUUUCUCUGCUAAAACCCCGAAGUUUCUUUCACAUUCCAAACCCAAAUGGCUACUCUUUUUACUUCUUCUUCUUCUUUGUUUCAAUCAAUGGCUAGUCUACCAUCUACCUUUUUGGCAAAGCCCCACAUCUCCAAGCUUUCAUCUGACUCGUCUAAUUUCUUGAACCCAUGUAAGAAUUUGAGACCCAUUUCGAUUGCGAUCAGACCCAGAAACAAGGAUUAUGGUGUAAAGAUGUCAUGGGAUGGUCCACUUUCUUCGGUCAAGUUGAUCAUACAGGGAAAGCAUUUGGAGUUGACAGAACCAAUCAAGAAGCAUGUGGAAGACAAAGUUGGAAAGGCAAUCUCAAAGCACAGUCACCUGGUGAGGGAAGCUGAUAUUCGGUUGUCUGUUCGAGGUGGAGACCUUGGAAAAGGCCCAAAGAUCAGGAGAUGUGAGGUCACUUUGUUCACAAAGAAGCAUGGAGUGUUCAGGGCCGAGGAAGAAGGGGAGACGCUUAUUGCUAGCAUAGAUCUGGCAGCUUCUAUCAUCCAGAGGAAGUUGAGGAAAAUCAAGGAGAAGGUAUCAGAUCAUGGCCGUCACAUGAAAGGCUUUAACAGAUUGAAAGUCAGGGAGGCUCAAAUACCUGUGGAAGUGGAAGAAGAAGAUCCCCAGGAGGAGGAGGAAGACUUAUUGGAUGAGGUUGUCCGUACAAAAUACUUCGACAUGCCACCUUUGACAGUCGCUGAAGCAGUGGAUCAACUGGAAAACCUUGAUCAUGACUUCUAUGCUUUCAGAAAUGAAGAAACUGGUGAGAUUAACAUCCUAUACAGAAGAAAAACAGGAGGCUAUGGGGUUAUUAUACCCAAAGGAAGUGGGAAAGCUGAUAAAGUGGAGAAUGGGGUGGUAGAACGAGCUAGAGAAUCUUCCAUGGCAGAAUAAGUAGGACUAGCAAAGUGCAGCACUUGUGUAUAGUUAUGUUCCUAAUGAUCCGUAGGAUUUCUAUCAGCAACAGUGAUUUGAAAGCUCAGGCCUCAUGAGACAAUAGUUGAUUAAGUGUUAAAGAGGCAUAGUUUUGUAAUGUAUGAACAAAAAUUUCUGAUAUACAGAUUACAAGCAUCAUUUUAUUGUUGCCCUA